GGAGGGAGGAGGUGGCAGCGGUGGAGGUGGCGGUACGGCACUGCCGUACGAUGGGUUGGAGCUGCCGGGCGCUCCCCGGGUGGCACAUGCGCAGGUUCGCGACGAUGUUAUCCGCGCGGUUCGCUCCUCCUUCGAGUGCCACGGAGCGCGCAGCUUCUACAGCAGCCAGGUUGGCUACGCCUACCCCGGUCUGGCCCCCGACGCGGUGCGCCUGCUGUCCCCGCACGGCGCGCUGCUGGCCAUGCGGCACGAGAUGCGCUACCCCUUCGCGCUGUGGCUGGUGCAGCAGGCGGCAAUGGCGCCAGUGGGCGCGCUGGACACGCUGCGGCGCUACGACAUCAGCUACGUCAUGCGCUGCGGCCGCGCGCGCAGCCUGCCCUCCUCCUACUGCCAGGCAGACCUGGACCUGCUGCACCCGGCGGGAGGGGGCGGCGGCGGGGCGGG